AUGAUUGUGCCGUUUAUUGGAAGACUGUCAUUUGCAGACUAUUGGGUAAUAUUAUUAGUGUAUUUGGAAACGUUAGUAGCGUCAAUCCUUGCAUUAAUACCACAACCAAUUUUUAAUUUUUUCAGUUCAAUUAUUAAUUAUAGUGUCGAUAUCGAUGAAUCUACUAUUGAAGAAAAAUUAAGAGAAUGUCCAACAAUUCAUGAAAUGUGCGCUUUAUUUAAUAUUUAUGUUGAAGAUCAUUUAGUUCGUACAGAAGAUAAUUAUAUCCUGACCAUUCAUAGAAUUAAACCAAUUCCAGGCACAGAAAAUGGUAAAGUUGUUUAUUUGCAUCAUGGUUUAUUAAUGUGUUCAGAUGUUUGGUGUUGUCAAACAGAUAGAAAUAAAAAUUUACCAUUUGUUUUACAUGAUUUAGGUUAUGAAGUUUGGAUGGGUAAUAAUCGUGGUAAUAAAUAUUCAACUGCCCAUUUAUAUCAUGCACCAAAAUCAAAAAAAUUCUGGGAUUUUUCAAUUGAUGAAUUUGCAUUUUUUGAUAUUCCAAAUUCAAUUGAAUUUAUUUUGGAUUUUUGUAAAGUUGAAAAAUUAAUUUGUAUUGGAUUUUCACAAGGUUCUGCUCAAAUGUUUGCUUCAUUUUCAUUAAAUGAAAAAUUAAAUAGUAAAGUUUCACAUUUUAUUGCUAUUGCACCUGCUAUGACACCUAAAAGAUUACAUAAUAGAAUUGCUGAUACUUUUGCUAAAUCUUCACCAACUUUAAUGUAUUUAUUCUUUGGUAGAAACAUUAUUUUACCAAGUGCAACAACAUGGCAAAGAACAAUUCAUCCAAAAAUUUUUAAUAAAUUAAUUGAUAUUGGUAAUAGAAUUUUAUUUAAUUGGAAAUCUUCAAAUAUUACAAAAGAACAAAAAAUUGCUUGUUAUGCAAAAUUAUAUUCAACUACAAGUGUUAAAUCAAUUGUUCAUUGGUUUCAAAUUUUAAGAUCACAAAAAUUUAGCAUGUUUGAAGAAUCUGAUGAUAUGUUUAAUUCUUUAACAAGACCUUAUUUAGUACCAACUUUCCCAACAAGAACAAAUAUUAAAAUUCCAAUUUUAUUAAUUUAUGGUGGUAAUGAUCUGUUAGUUGAUAUUAAAGUUAUGAAAAGAAAUUUACCUGCAACUUCUGUAUUCGAUGUUAAAGUUGAUAAUCAUGAACAUUUAGAUUUAAUUUGGGGUCAAUAUACUGAUGUUCUAGUAAUAUCAAAAGUUUUAAAAUUCAUUGAAUUUUUUGAUAACAUUGGCGCAAAUUUACUGCCAAGCAUAUCAAGACGUGAUUCAAGUGCAAGUGAAUUUGGUACAACGACAACUAGACGUCGUCAAACGUUAACUAAUACAGGAAGAUUAUUAAAUGCUAUUCCUUCAAAUAAAAUGAGAACAAUGGAUAAUUUAAGUGAACCAUUAACAACAAGAGUAUUAUCAACACCAGGUUCACAAACAAAAAUAUCACCAUUUUCACAAAGACGUGGAAGUGUUAUGGGUUUGAUGGAUAAUGAUCCUUUAAGAAGUAAUAUUCAUAAUUUAUCUCCUCAUGAUGAAAAUGAUGUUAUUGCUCCAAAUGAAAAAAUCCCUGAUUCAGAGAGUAGAAUUAGUGUUGAAGACACUGUGGCUCCUGAUGAACAACAAUUAGAAAUUGUCGAUGGUCCUAUCUCUAAUAAUAAUAACGACGAAGAAAAUUACGAUGAUGCCAUUGCCAAUGAAGAUGAAGAUGAUCUUGCUGUUGAUGAAGAUGAUGAAGAUGAAUCACAUAAUAAUAGUUUUCUAGAUGAAGAUACAAUCCAUCAAAAUAGAGUUCAACAGAGAAGAUUGAGUAGAUAUCUUUCAAAUGAACCAUAG